GUCAUUGUCACCGUUGUCAGUUCAUUCAUGGAUGGUGAAUUGUGUUCGAAAUUAUCUGAAUCAGAUUCAAUUUUUCUGGAAUAUAUUCACCAAAUCGAAGUGUACAAAAUAUUUAUUUGCUUUUUGUAAAGUGGUGAGCCCCAUUCAACAUGGCCUUGAAAGCGCAAGUUGGUCAAAAAAUUAUGAAUGAGGUAAUAAAACACAAACCUGUGAAAAAAAAUGGACCUGCAGCACAACAGACUAUACAUGGUGUAGAAUGGCGAAUUCUUGUAGUAGAUCAGCUUGCCAUGAGAAUGGUGUCAGCGUGCUGUAAAAUGCAUGAUAUUUCUGCAGAAGGCAUAACAUUGGUUGAGGAUAUACACAAGAAAAGAGAACCGCUAACCACCAUGGAGGCAGUAUACUUGAUCACUCCAUCUGAAAAGUCAGUUCAUGCGCUAAUGAACGAUUUCGAACCACCACGAUACACAUAUAAAGGAGCACACGUUUUUUUCACUGAAGCAUGCCCAGACGAAUUGUUUAAUGAAUUAUCACGACAUCCGGUAGCAAAAUACAUUAAAACAUUGAAAGAAAUCAACAUAGCAUUCAUUCCCACAGAGUCGCAGGUAUUCUCUUUAGAUUCACCUGACACCUUCCAGUGUAGUUAUGAUCCUACUUUUGCUGCUGCCAGAAACGCUAAUAUGGAGAGAAUGGCUGAGCAGAUAGCAACAUUAUGUGCUACUCUCGGCGAAUAUCCCCAUGUAAGAUAUCGAAGUGAUUGGGAGAAAAAUGUGGAGUUGGCCCAAUUGAUUCAACAGAAAUUGGAUGCAUAUAAGGCCGAUGAGCCCACAAUGGGAGAAGGGCCUGAAAAAGCACGAUCGCAGCUGAUCAUUUUAGAUCGCGGUUUUGAUUGCGUAUCCCCUUUAUUACAUGAACUCACAUUCCAAGCUAUGGCCUAUGAUCUGCUACCGAUUGAGAAUGAUGUCUAUAAGUAUGAGGCUUCGGCUGGUGUUGUCAAAGAAGUCCUUCUCGAUGAAAACGACGAAUUAUGGGUAGAACUGCGUCACCAGCACAUUGCUGUUGUUUCUCAAAGUGUAACUAAAAAUUUGAAGAAAUUCACCGACUCGAAACGCAUGACCCAAAGCGAUAAACAAUCCAUGAAAGACCUCUCUACCAUGAUUAAAAAGAUGCCCCAGUAUCAGAAAGAGUUGUCUAAGUAUGCGACUCACUUGCAUCUGGCUGAGGACUGCAUGAAAGCUUAUCAGGGGUACAUCGACAAACUUUGUAAAGUAGAACAGGAUUUGGCAAUGGGUACAGAUGCAGAAGGAGAAAAAAUAAAGGAUCACAUGCGUAAUAUUGUUCCCAUACUUCUAGACCCGAAAAUCACGAAUGAAUAUGACAAAAUGCGUAUAAUUGCUCUAUAUGCCAUGACAAAGAAUGGAAUUACAGAAGAGAAUUUGUCUAAACUUGCUACACAUGCGCAAAUCAAAGACAAACAAACGAUCUCCAAUUUGCAAUGGCUUGGCGUCAAUGUAAUCAAUGAUGGUGGUCAACGAAAGAAAACCUAUAAUGUACCAAGAAAGGAGAGGAUAACGGAGCAAACGUACCAGAUGUCAAGAUGGACGCCAGUGAUCAAAGAUGUCAUGGAGGAUUGUAUUGAAGAUAAACUGGACCAGAAACAUUACCCCUAUUUGGUUGGAAGAGCCCAGAGUACAGGAUAUCAUGCACCCACCAGCGCUAGAUACGGGCAGUGGCACAAGGACAGGGGUCAGCAGGCGGUGAAGAACGUGCCUCGCCUCAUCGUCUUCGUGGUGGGCGGCAUCGCCUUCUCGGAGGUGCGUUGCGCCUACGAGGUGACCAACGCGCAGAAGAACUGGGAGGUGAUCAUCGGCUCGUCGCACAUCCUCACGCCGGAGGGCUUCCUCAGCGACCUGGCAACGCUGGCCGGCUAGGACACGCCCAAGCGGGUCACGUUCGAUGUGCCGGAUUGAGGGCGGGCGGUACUUCAUUGAUGUCUAGUGGAACUUCAUAUUUCCUACUUAACAUUGGAUAUUACGAUGAAUAACUGGCAAGUUGAAAAAAAUCGAGCACUUUCAUAAUAUUAAAUAAUGUUUUUAAGCUUUAAAUAAUCCCUAAGAGUUAUCAAAAAUCUAGUCUUUAAUCUGCACAUAGUUGGAAUGUAGUUUCAUUGAAACUAUUUCUGGUUGAAUGUUAUACAACUCUAAAUAUAAACAUGUAAAUCUUGAUAAAUAAAUGAUGAUGUUAGAUCUCAAAAUCUGUAUAUUGUUGAAUAUGCUAAUUAGAAAAAUAUUGAGAAUAUAUCUUCUUGUUAGUUAGUUGCUUAACUGUUCAUAGUGUUAAGAAUUUUAUUUUUCCUGUUAUCAGCUUGACAUAUCAAGUCAACAGCUUUUUAAUUUUUUGCAUAAUGUAUGUUCAACACAUUUAUCACAUUUAAUGAAAAAUGUGUUAAAAUCGACAAUAUUAUAUAAAAUGUAAAUGGUAUGUGUAUCUAAAAUAUUUUUGUUUUCUAGUUAUAUUCGUGAAGAAAUCUAUGAUGUCAAUUGAAAUUCAAUAAAUAUAAUAGCAAUUC